AUGACAUAUUACGACCCGACCCGACCAGCACCGGCUAGAAGUGAAUCAGUAACAUCCUCAGACAAACCGACCGAACGACAACUGGAGGCCGCACUCGCAGACAAGACCGAGAAUGGAGAGAUCUCCGAGCUCACCGUCGUCGCUGAGGGCGAAGAGCGGGUGACAUGGUUCAUCUGGAUAUUGAUUGCGUGCAGCAGUAUCUCCGGUCUGCUGUUCGGUUAUGAUACGGGUGUGAUUUCGGGUGCGCUUGUGACUAUCAAUGGUGACCUUGGGCCAGCAGAGCUCGCGACAGGACAGAAGGAACUCAUCACUUCAGCAACGACACUUGGCGCCCUCCUCGGAGGCCUCGUCGCCGGUGUCCUCUCAGAUGUCAUCGGCCGUCGUCCCGUCAUGGCCCUCGCAGACAUCCUCUUCAUGGGCGGUGCAGUAGGUCAAGCCGUAUCCAAGACCGUCUGGGACAUGAUUGGCAACCGGUUCCUCAUCGGCUGGGGCGUCGGUAUUGCUGCCUGUAUCGCACCGAUGUACAUCCAGGAGCUCUCACCGACACGGUUGAGGGGACGGAUGGUGGUGAUCAAUGUGGUGGCGAUCACGUUGGGUCAGGUUAUUGCGUAUGGGAUUGAUGCGGGCUUUGCGAAUAUGAGUGGAGGUUGGAGAUGGAUGGUCGGGUUGGGAACCGUGCCAUCAGGAUUGCAGUUCAUCUGUUUGUGGUUCCUGCCAGAGUCGCCGCGAAUUCUGCUCAAGAGGGGGAAUGUUGAUGAGGCUCGCCGUGUCAUGGGGAAGAUCUACGCGCACGCAACCUCAGACCAAGUCGACCUCAAGGUCAAAGUCCUCCAAGCCGCCGUCAGCCAAUCCAUCGAAAUAUCAAACAACACCACCUUCUUCCAACGCUGCCGCUCCAUGCUCACCGACCCCGUCAACCGCCGCGCCGUCAUCAUCACCUGUGGCAUGCAAGCCUUCCAACAACUCUGCGGCUUCAACACCCUCAUGUACUACUCCGCCACGCUCUUCAAACAGAUCGGGUUCAACCAGCCUACGGCCGUCGGCCUCAUCGUCUCCGGGACGAAUUUCCUCUUUACGCUGUUUGCGCUGAAGUAUAUCGAUAUCAUUGGGAGGAGGAAGAUCAUGCUGUUUUCGGCGCCGGGGAUGGUGUUUGGUUUGACGUUGGCGGCUAUUGCGUUCUAUUAUAUGACGAAGGGGACGGGUGGACAGUUGAUCGAUGGGACGGAUUAUGCGCAUUCGUGGUCGAGUGUGAUCAUCUUCGCCAUGGUCUUCUACGUCGCGUCCUACGCCACCGGUCUCGGAAACGUCCCAUGGCAACAAGGCGAAUUCUUCUCCCUCGAAGUCCGCGGCAUAGGCACCUCCCUCGCCACCGCCAUAAACUGGUCCGCCAACCUGCUCAUCGGAUCGACCUACCUCUCCCUCAUGGACAAAAUCACCCCCGCCGGCGCCUUCGGGUUCUACGCAGGUCUCUGUUUACUAGGCUGCUUAUUUGUCGUGAUUUGUUUCCCAGAGACGGCGGAGCUGAGUUUGGAGGAGGUGAGGAUGGUGUUCAGGCAUGGGUUUGGGGUGAGGGCGAGUAUGCGGUUGAGGGAGGAGAAGAGGAUCGUUAGGUUGGGUGGGGUUGUUAGCAAGAAGGAGAAGGGAGAGAAGGAGAGUUUGGAGGAGAAGGUAUAGUGGUUGGUGGUCGUUUGGUUUGUUUUGUUAAGGAUGGUGGUGCGCUUUUUCUUUUUCUGGGCCUUUAAGGGUCUUGUGUGGGUAGGUUGACGGGAUGGGAUGAGAUGGGAUUUAUGGGUGUAAUGAGCUAACGACUCGUCAGUCAAUCAUAUGUACGAUAUCAUACCACGGUGCUGCUCUCAUGUUAUACGAUCUUAUUAAUGAAAC